AUGGCUUUUGUGAAGGAAGAAAAUUUAUCAUUAAUAAUAGGUUCAGAAAUGUUUUGUAAAGAAAAAGUAAAUAGUAUGUCUACAAGUUCUAAUGAAAUUCAAAAUAUUAUUUAUCUUUAUACACUUCCAAUAAUUGGAACAUUUGGUAUAUUAGCUGCAAUAAUUUGUGUUAUUGUUUUUACAAGACCACAAAUGAAAUGUUCAUUAAAUGUUUAUUUAGCAGCAGGCUGUACGUCACAAGGAUCUGUAGAAGUAUGUAGAAUUUUUGCAAAAUUAACACUUAUUUUUUAUCCAAUAAGUCUUAUGGCACAAGUUGCUUCCGUUUAUACCUGUGUUGCGAUUACUGUAGAUCGUUUUUUGGCUGUUAAAUAUCCAUUAAAAAUGAGAAUGUGGUGUUCAUCAAGAAAAGCAACAAUUAUUGUUAUCUGUAUUGGUAUUGCUUCAAUAAUAUUUAAAAUACCAUCAUAUCUUGAAAAUACAUUAGGUGAAUGCGGAUUAUAUGUACAAACAUCAUUUGCUAAAAAUAAAUAUUAUUAUGCUUUUUAUCAUUUAUAUGGUCAACUUUUUUAUCUUUUUAUUAUACCUUGGGCAAUUAUGAUAGUUCUUAAUGUUACUGUUGUUUAUGAAGUUCAUACAGCUUACAAAAUUCGACAAUCACUUGGAACAAGACAAAAUUCUGUUGAUGAAGGUGAAAGAAGGUGUACUAUAAUGGCAGCAUCUGUUUUACUAACAUUUAUGGUAUUUAAUCUUCCAACUAUAUUAAAUUCAUUUAUUGAUGUUUAUUAUGGUGUUUCAAAAAAAGUAACAUUUUUUGAUAAAGCUCGAGUUCCAGUUGCUAAUAUGUUUAUUUGUUUUAACAGUGCAUCUAAUCUUAUUAUUUAUUCAAUUUUUGGAAGGAAAUUUAGAAGAGUAUGUGUUAAAUUAGUAUUUCCAUGUUUCAAAAGAACUGAAUACCAUUUUUUGACACAAGUUGUACAACAGAGUGAUUGUAAUGAAAUGAGUAAAAAAUAUUCACAAACAAUAAAUAAAAAAAAUAGUAUAAGUAAUGAAAGACAAAAUAGUGUACGUUUAGUAUGUUAUCGUGAAAAAAAAUCACUGUGUUUAAAAGAUGAAAAUAAAAGAAUGUCAGAAAAUUCAAUACUCCAAUUACAAAUAACAAAUACUGCACCAGUAUCAUUAAAUUAA